AUGGUUCUAAACGUCGCGACAGAUGAAUACUCCAUCUUCAUGAAGUACAUGAAGGGUCUAAACGAAUGCAUCCGGAAGGAGAUGAAGCUAUUCACGAUUGAGUCUAUUACAGAGGCAAGCGUGAAAGCUAUUGCCAUCGAGGGCAAGCAAAAAAAGAGCAACGAGGCGAAAGAAGAUGCAAAACAGACGGGAUUGGAAACACAUGAUUCCUACUUUGUCCAGAAACGGGAUGCUGCUGGGAAAAUUGGUUUAUCCUCACUACAGAAAGUAACUGCUGCUAUGAGGAUGCUUGCUUAUGGAGUAUCAGCAGAUUCUGUGGAUGAUUACGUGCGGAUUGGAGAAAGCACCGCUAUAGAGAGUCUCGGUAGGUUUGCCAAAACAAUUGUUAAAAUUUUCGGUGAUGAGUAUCUAAGGUCACCAACUGACGAGGACACUGCAAGAUUGCUUGCAAUUGGCAAACAACGGGGAUUUCCUGGGAUGUUAGGAAGCAUUGACUACAUGCAUUGGAGAUGGAAGAAUUGUCCGGUUGCGUAUCAUGGUAUGUAUACUGGUCACAACCACACUCCUACAAUAAUUUUAGAAGCUGUUGCUUCCUAUGAUCUUUGGAUUUGGCAUGCUUAUUUUGGUUUACCGGGAGCUCUUAAUGACAUUAAUGUGUUAGAACGGUCUUCCGUUUUUUCUCAACUUGCUGAAGGGCAUGGUCCGACUGUUAAUUAUACAGUCAAUGGUCAUGAAUACACGAUGGGAUACUACCUUGCUGAUGGUAUAUAUCCGUCAUGGGCAACAUUUGUUAAAACAAUUUCUUUACCACAAGGAAAUAAAAGAAAACAUUUUGCUACACUUCAAGAGUCGGAAAGAAAGGAUGUAGAGCGAGCAUUUGGGGUACUCCAAUCACGCUUUGCAAUUGUGCGUGGACCAGCUCGCUCUUGGGAUGAGAAAAUAUUGAAAAAUAUUAUGCAAGCAUGCAUAAUAAUGCAUAACAUGAUUGUUGAAGAUGAAAGAAAUGAUGAUUAUAUCGACUUCACGUACGAUGCUGCUGAGGAAGCCCCAACUAUAUCAGUGUCUCACGAACGUACAAUAGAUUUGUGUGAAUUUAUUCAGAAUCAUCAUCGCAUUAGAGACAGACAAACUCAUUCUCAAUUGCAAUUGGAUCUUGUCGAACAUUUAUGGGAACGAAAUGGUGGGCUUUAG